AUGCAUAUAAGACAGUAAAAACUAUUUGAAUCAGGAGGGGAGACAGUCAAGAGAAACUUACUAGAAUCUUAUUCUAUGUAGAAUCGAAAGGGAAACAUCAAUGAGGAACAGUAGUUACGUGAAUAAGUGGAGAGAUUAACAAGUGAAUUAAUGUUUUUGAAGAAUAAGGAUAAAGCUAAGGUUUCUGCUGAUAAAGAGAUCCAAUGCGAAGACAAGAAAUAAGAGUUAUUAAAUGAGAUAAUAAAAUAGAAAGAUAAAUCAAUAGAACAAUAUGAGAAAUAGAUUCUCAGUUUUAAGAAUAUGAUCCUCUAAUCUAAUUAAUAAAAAAAGGAUUUGCUAUUAAAGUUAGAGUAGUAGGAUCUAAUGAGAAAAGCUUAGAUGAUAAAGAUUUCUCAAAAUACUCAGACUGAUUUAGUUAACAAUAAAGUUUCCUAAACAACAUAAACAGAAAUUGAUAUAGGAAUGAUCUUAAGUGUGAAACAAUAGGAGUCAACAACCAAGGUCAAGGAACAAAUAUCAAAACUUGUUCAAACAGAAACUUAAUUCUAUCAUGAGGUUUCAAUGAAGAAUUAGGAUGAAAUGUAUAGGGAAAUUGAACAAUAUAAAUUGGUUCUAAGAGAUUAUGAUUUUGAGAACAGGAGAUUAAAUGAACUGCUUAAAUCUAGUAAAGAAACUAUAAAUAUUGGAACUCAAAUUACAGUGGAAUAAGAAAAUAAGAAUGUUUAAGUGGGAGAGGAAUAUAGGGAUGAGAUGGAAAAUGUGGCUUAGUAGUAUUAGAUUUCAAUUGAAAAAUAAAAGCAAUUACAAAAAUAAUAUAAUUAACAAUCAAUAGAUCUGAAUACUCUGAGAAAAUAGUAUGAUUAAUUAAUAAGUGAUUACUAUUUCAUUCAAUCUGAAAGCAAAGUAAAUGAGAAGAAAAUAAAGGAGUUGAAUGAGGAAAUUGAGUAAGUGAAAUAUGAAUUAUAAUCAAAAGAUCCUAGUGUAAGCAGUGCUGAAACUAUGACAUCUCCAAAAGAUUCUCAAAAAAGUUACAAGAAAAAAGGGAACAAUUAAAAAAUUAAAAAUCUUGUUUAAAAUACUUAUUUUAACCCGUUAAAUAUAGAUGAAUUAAUCUUACAACAAGAAGAGAAUUAGAAAUUAGUAACUAAGUUAUCAGAAUUAAGGAGAGAAUUAGUAGAAACUUAAAAGUGUUUAAAAACAAUCCAGUUAGAACUAGCAAUAAAAGAAUAGAUCUUAAUAAAUUAAAGUUAAGAAUUGUAGUAGAGUUAGACAGAAUUAAAGGAUAUUAAGAUUAGAGUUGAAUCAGUUGAUAAAUUAGAGUUAAGACUAUUUGAGUAAGAGUCUAGGUACUAAGAAGAGAUUCAAAAGUUAACUUAGAAAUUGACAACCUUGAAUUCUGAUUAUUUGGGAAUGAAAGUGAUUAAUCAGACUUUACACUUCCAACUAGAUAAAUAUUAAAACAAAUUAAAAUAAUAAUAAUCACCAUGA